AUGUCUCUAAUUCCGAGCUUUUUUGGUGGCCGAAGAACAAACGUGUUCGACCCGUUCUCGCUUGACGUAUGGGAUCCUUUCGAAGGAUUCUUGACUCCCUCGGGGUUGGCAAACGCACCCACCAAGGACGUGGCAGCGUUCACAAGCGCUAAAGUAGAUUGGAGGGAGACACCUGAGGCGCACGUGUUCAAGGCGGACUUACCAGGGCUGAAGAAGGAAGAGGUGAAGGUGGAGGUUGAAGACGGAAACAUACUUCAGAUCAGUGGACAGAGAAGCAGUGAGAACGAAGAGAAGAGUGACACGUGGCACCGUGUUGAGAGGUCGAGUGGGAAGUUCAUGAGGAGGUUUAGGCUGCCAGAGAAUGCGAAGAUGGAGGAAGUGAAGGCGAGUAUGGAGAAUGGUGUGUUGUCUGUUACGGUGCCUAAGGUCCCGGAGAAGAAGCCUGAGGUCAAAUCUGUUGACAUCUCCGGUUAA